UUUAACAAAUUAGUGUACUUAAAUACAUGUAAUUUCUGUAUUCUUUUGAACAAAAUCAGAAUGAACUAUUUUAAUGGUGUAUAAGUAUUUUUCAAAUAUAUCUCAACCGUUGACGAAAUAACCUGUGUACAUUUAUCAAAAUUAAGUGGUGUUUAUACCCAAGUACCUACUUACGUUUUUUGAAAACAAUUAUAAAUUAUUUUCAUAUUUCAUAAUAUAAACAGGUAGAUUAGAAAAAUUAGAUAUGUCAUCCAUGUCAUUGACUUUGAUUGACUAAUCUAAUGCAAGGUUGCAUAAACAAUUGGUUAAUAAUAUAAUGUUUUAAUAAAAUUAAAUGGGCCUCUAAAUCAUUUUUAAGGGACCGUUAGCUUACUAUUUAUUCAUUAAAUUAUUAUGCCCAUAUGCAUAUUAAAUUUAUGUGACACAUAUUGUAAUUGAUUAUGCAACCUGACGAGAGUACCUACCAAUAUAAUGUACAACUGAGUUGCAGCAGAGAUCUGACCAAUGAAAUCUGAUGACACAUUACCACGAGUCACAUCCCCGCGCAUGUAUAAUGAUGGCAAUAUAACAUUUGAAGGGUUAAUGGUGGUUUUUGCUUCGUUCUCCACUUAUUUGCAAUAUUUGAACAUUUAUAAAUCAGUUUGGUGGUUACCAAAUUCAAAUUAUACUUUAUGGAAAAUACAUUUAAUUGAUUAUCAAGUGGUUAUAUUUAUACUAGCUAUGCAUUGUCGAAGAUUUAUAUAUUGCUUAAUAACAUGGGUUUUCCACAUGUUAUGUCCUCAAAAUUAUUGGAAAUUUAUAAGACUGUUCAUUAGAUUAUUUGUUUCAGUCACACUGUUUCUUUUAUUAGCCCUAUUGGCAUUCGAUCUCUACAUAAAGUAUGAUUAUUUAAUAAUAAUUUACUUGUUUAUGCCGAUAAUUGGUUAUUUAUGCUAUUAUGGUUUCAAAGCAUGCCCAUUUUUCGAUAUGAUGUGUAUUAGUGAAAAAGAAAUAAUUAUCAAUGGCAAAUCAUUAAUUCAAUAUACAAAUAUGCAUAUAUGUACAUCAAACCCAAAAAUAAUUCGAUCAGAAGUGGAAAAUAUGAGAGAUGAUUUUAAUAAUAGGCUAACCCAAAUACUGUUUUCUUCUUUUUUCUCAGCAUAUUAUGCAUGCUUUUUACCACUAGUAUUUGUACAAACUUAUGUGGUUUAUGAAGAACAUUGGGUGUUAAUGCAUUUUCCUUUUGUAAUGAUGACUAUGGGCAUGAUGCUAUGUAUUCAUUAUUAUCCUGUUAAGUAUUUUGAUCACUUACAUAAAGCAGCUAUGCACUUGGGUCGUUGGAAGAGAGUAAAAUUAGAUCGUCCUCACUUGCCCAUACAUUUAUGGUCAGAAGAAGUGGUAUGGCAACAAGGAUCAUUAGUUCGACAUAAUCAAUGUUUGUAUAAAGCCGAAGGAGUAUCAAAUGUAGCUGAACCAGGAAAAAAUGCUGAUAAAGUUUUUUAUAGAAUUUUCAGUAAUCCUUCAGAAACAAUAUUUUUUACAUUGGCUUCUAUGCAAGUAUCAUUUAUGAUAGUGUUGAUUAUAGCACUGGUCAUCAGUUUUCAAUGGCAUCAUAUAUUUUACCUUUCAUUUGUAAUGCUAUUAAAUUAUGUUACACUGUGUAAGACUUUAUUUAAUUACCGUAUGACUGCCAAGAUAUACAAAUUGUUAAAAGAAAAAACUCAAUAGACAAUUAACAUUUUCUGAAUUGAAACAAACCUUAAUGGCAGACUUUACCUCUUUUUUUUUAUUAUUAAUUGGUUGAAUGUAUAGUCAAUUCCACGGGAGAAUAAUCACUUUUCGCACAUCACAAAUGAUUCAAUUGGUUCGUUGAGAACCACGUGAUCACGUUAGCACAGAGAAGUUGGUGGGAGAUGCCCAGCCCUGACGAGAAUCGUUCGGCGGACUGAUUAUUCUCUCGUGGAAUUGACUAUAGAUAUGUUAAAUAACUGUGUUAUGCAAAACUAAUAAACUUUUCUAGAUUUAAAUUAAAUUAUAAUAUAAGAUUUGAAUGUUAUUAAAGGGUUGUCGCACCCGCAUUUUUUGUCUCCGUCUUACACACGGACGACAUAGACAAAACGUGUUUUACGCAGUCUGAGUAGAACUUGCUCAAUUCUGGUUCUAAAAUAAAAAUUCCUAUUAUAAAAUUAAAUUGUGACAAUAUUUCUAAAGGCAACUCUUUGCGUUUUUUUUUUAAAAUUUAGUUAUAGUUAUUUUAAAAAUGUUGAAAUUUUUUCUAUUUCUAACUGAUAUAAUUAACGUUAUUUUAAUUAUUAUGAAAAAAACGCAAUGAUUUACCCUCAGAAAUAUUGCCACAAUUCAAUUUUAUAACAGUUAUUUUUACUCUAAAACUAAAAUUGAGUGAGUUCUACUCAGAUUGAGUAAACGUGUUUUGUCUAU